UUGCGUGUGGGUUCGUGAAAAUCGGUGAAUUUCGGCAGAAAUCUGUAUCCAAAUCAGCAAAAAAUGACUUCUAAACAUAAAGAUAAGGACCGUGAUCGGGACCGCGAUGGAGAAUCGAGCCAUUCGCACGGUAAAUCCCGUGACAAGGACCGUGAUCGCCGGAGGUCCCGCUCUCGUAGCAAACAUCGGGAUAGGGAUCGUGAACGCGACCGUGAGCGUGAUCGUGAUCGUGACCGCGACCGGGAUAGGGAUCGUGACCGAGAUCGGGACAGGGACCGAGACCGGGAACGCGAUCAUCGACGUCGCAGUAAAUCGCGCGACAGACGUCGUCGCAGCCGGUCACGUAGCCGUGACCGCAACAGACGCUCCCGUGAGCGUGACCGUGACCGUGAUCGAUAUGACCGAGGCGGUAGUCGAGCCUCGGAGCGCGAAUCCAAUCGGAAUCGCGAAGAGAGCCGCGAUAAGGAAAGCGCCUACGACUAUAAGGGACUGGAGUUUACCCAAAGUGUAAUCGAAUCGAUGAUGUCGACCGCGGCUAAUGCAAAGAAUUUUGCCGAACUGCUGACCAGCUACAGUCAGCAGCAGCAGAUACAGCAACAGCAGCAGCAAAUUCAGGCCCAGAAGGCCCUGCUAGAGGCGCACAAUGAGAACAGUCAGUCGUCGGAUCUUGGACGAGAUCCAGGUGGAAGUGGUAACAAUAGCGGCAGCGAAGCAGAUGCCCGUCGCCGUAAGAAGAAAUCCCGCUGGGCUGGCGGUGAUCAUGACAAGACAUUCAUUCCCGGCAUGCCAACAAUUUUGCCAGCUGGGAUGAGCCAAGACCAACAGGAAGCAUACCUAGUUCAACUGCAGAUCGAGGAAAUCAGCCGGAAGUUGCGCACUGGAGACCUGAUGAUACCGCAGAACCCGGACGAAAGGUCACCGUCUCCGGAACCGAUCUACAGCAUCGACGGCAAGAGGUUAAACACACGUGAGUUCCGUACCCGGAAGAAGCUGGAAGAACAGCGCCAUCAGCUUAUCCAGCGAAUGCAGUGUAUGAAUCCGGACUUCAAGCCACCGUCGGACUACAAACCACCGGUGAUUCGCGUCAGCGAUAAGGUUCUCAUUCCCCAGGAAGAACACCCGGACAUUAACUUCGUUGGACUGCUGAUUGGUCCGCGUGGUAACACGCUGAAAGCGAUGGAGAAGGACACCGGUGCGAAGAUCAUUAUUCGCGGCAAAGGUUCCGUAAAGGAGGGUAAAGUUGGCCGUAAGGAUGGGCAGCCUCUGCCCGGCGAGGACGAGCCGCUGCACGCAUUUAUCACGGCAAGCAAUCCGGAAUCGGUGAAGAAAGCCGUCGAUCGCAUCAAGGAUGUUAUUCGACAGGGCAUCGAAGUGCCGGAAGGUCACAACGAUCUACGUAGGAUGCAGCUGCGCGAGCUGGCCCAGCUUAACGGAACCCUGCGUGAGACAGACGGGCCCCGUUGUACGAACUGCGGUUCCAACGAGCACAAAAGCUGGCUGUGUCCGGAUAAACCCAACAUUACGAAUAACAUUGUUUGUUCAUCGUGCGGCGGAGCCGGCCACAUCGCAAAGGAUUGCCGCAGCAAACGCCCGGGAGCGGGUGGUCCACCCGCUAGCAACACUCAAACCAAAAUCGAUGAAGAGUACAUGAGCUUGAUGGCCGAGCUUGGGGAGGGUCCUCCUCCGGAAACCACUCAUCAAACCUCCGCUCCCAGCAGACCAUCGUACGGACUCUUCGAACCCCGGCAAGCUCCACGACCCCUGAUGCAAACGCCACACCUUCCACCGCAGCAUCCUGCAGCCGCACCACCCGUACCAACAACCUCCGGUGCUAUGCCUCAUGCCCCCCAGUGGAACCCUGCUGCGAUGGCAGCCCUCCCGGCGCCGCCUCCUCCCCCGCCGGGAAUUACCCCCCUCAUGUCGUGGGGUCAACAGCCGCCUCCACCCGGAAGCCCCGAACUGCUGCCACCGGGAACGGCUCCCCUGCCACGGUUCCCUUCGAGCUAUCCUCCGCCUCCGCCGGGUGUACCGCAGCAACCCCUCGCUCCCGGUACUGGCCCUGUCGGUGCUUGGGGCGGUAGCAAUGGGUCGGCUCCUCCGCCGCUAAUGCCACCCGGUACUUGGCCGCCCAACGGCGGUAAUGGCUCCAGCUUUAUUCAACCCCCGCCGAUGCCACCGGGAAUGCCACCGGCACACCUGCUGAGUGCACCGCCUCCUCCACCCCCACCGUCGUCCUAAGCGGUGCCGGUGGAGAAGAGGCAAUCUUGUUUAUUUUAUUGCAAUUACACAAUUACAAGGACAUAGAAUACUGGUUUUCGACCGAUGACCAAACAAACAAACAAAAGAUUUAGUUUUAGGUACCGCUUCUUUUCUUUUUCUGCAAUCUAAUCAGAAAUUUCCGAAUAAACAUUGUAGUUUCCUGCGCUCAGUUCCAGUGAUGA